GAGAUUUUUGCACGACGCAAUAAUUUGAUACGAAGGAGAUGUUUUGGAAAGCUGAAAAGAAAAGGGAAAUUGUUUGGAAGACGCCUUGCCCCCUUAAAAUGAAAAAAAUCGAUACUCUCUCUGUUUCGAACCACAAAAUGAGCGAGAAACUCGUAGACUUCCCCUACGGGCCGCUAGACAAGUACCGCAGCACGGCAUCUUUCGACUGGAAGCAGAUGAAGCUGCUGAUGAAACCCGAAGGACUGUUGAGCUUCGAGCAACGCCUGCAUGAGGAGUUCAGGAAACACCCCCUACUGUACAACUAUGAGCUGGAAACGCCACCACUGGCCGAACAAAGGCGAAUCACCGCGAAGAAGUUGGUCAUUCUUGAGCACGUCGUCAAUAAGCUAACGAACGGUAACGGCUUCACGCCCUUGGAGUACCUGUCCUUCGUUGAGAAUGUUUUCGCGCUAGAUGCGAGCUUGGGUAUUAAAUACACGACAACCUUUGACCUGUUUCCUAACGUUCUCCGCGUGAUGGGCACACAAAGACACGUGGAACUCAUGACAAGAGCUCUGAGGGGCGAUAUUUACGGUUGCGUGUGCUACUCCGAAAUCGCGUACGGAUCCGACGAGGAGGAAAUGCGAACGACUGCCACCUACGACGCGAGAAGAAAGCAGUUCAUUUUGGACACGCCCGACUUUAAGUCGGCGAAAUCGUACGUCAGUUUGGGGAAGACGGCCCAUUACGGCGUGGUCUACGCCCAUCUUAUCCUUCCGAGCGGUGAGCGAAAGGGGUUGCACGCUUUUCUCGUGGAGCUCCACGACGCCAAUCUCAAGCCUCGGCCGGGUGUCAUAGUGGGCGAUAUGGGCGAAAAAGCUGGCCUCAACGGCGUGGAUCAUUCUUUCAUUAGAUUUAAUACGUAUCCGGUGCCGAGAGAGAGUCUCUUGAACCGUAUCGCAGAUGUUACUGAGGAUGGUAGAUACAUCGAGCACCAAAACACCGUGGAUGCGCCCCUCGUCCAGCAUUGCGUCUUUACCAUUCCGAAGAUGCGUGUUGCCAACGUUGCCAACACCUACCUCCUCAACGCAGUCACUAUUGCGCUCCGAUACGCUGGCGUUCGUAGACAGUUUGCUCCAAGUGACAAAGAGGAGGAAGUGUGCAUCAUCGAGUACCAAACUCAUCAAUACCGCCUUUUGCCAUACCUCGCUGUUACGUACGCAUUAAAAUUCUUUACGCGACACGUCCAGUCCGUAAUCAACUCCGGCGAGAAGAAGAUGAUCGCGGACCUGGGGGAAUUGCGCGCGAUUUCCAGCGGAGCGAAAGCGAUUGCGUCAUGGUUCGCACGUGAUGGAAUUCAAGAGUGCCGCGAGGCCUGCGGCGGUCACGGAUACCUUAGAGCUACCGGAAUCGGCGAGCUGAGAGCGAGCAAUGACUUCAACUGCACGGUCGAAGGUGACAACUACGAGGAGCUUCUACAGACCAGCGACUGGCUGCUCUCACUUUGGUCCACGGUGCUGAAAGGGAAACGACUGCCUCAAACCCUGAUGAACUCGGUCGAGUUUUUGAACAAUUCCCAGGAAAUUCUGCAGGAGAAGUUCGUGGUCGACGGAAAAGAUGGGGUUCUUUGUCCAAAACGUAUCUUGCACACGUACAAAUGGCUGGUGUGCUAUAUGAUGAAGUCCACCUAUGACAAGUACCAACGUCUGUUGAACGGCAACUCCCACGCCUACGCUCGGAGUGAAAGUCAGAUCUUUUACUCCAAAACCCUGGCGACGGCGUACAUUCACCACCUCGUCUUGGAAACCAUGUGGAAACGCAUUGCGGAUACACCAGAAGGCCCCCUUCGCACUGUCCUGGUAAAACUCUUCCAACUGCUCGGAUGCUGGAUGCUCGAACAGCACAUGUCCAAACUGCACAUCGGCGGAUACAUUGUCGGUCCCGAGCCGGUCACGAUGCUUCAGAACAGCGUGCUCAAGUUGUGCAAGGAGCUGAAAAGCGAAGCCAUCGGCCUGGUGGACGCAGUCGCCUGCCCCGACUUCAUGCUCAACUCAAUUUUGGGCAACUCAGACGGCGAGGUUUACAAGCACCUUCAGGCCGCCAUCUAUCAGCAUCCGGCGGCUUUCUCCAGACCGAGCUGGUGGCAGGAGGUCACCGAUCGACUGAGCCUGAAUGCCAAGUUGUAAAUAUUUCUUUUUUUUUUAAAUCUUCUGUAGCUUGUAAAAUACAUUUUUUUUUAUUUUU